AUGUCCGUCUCGUAUGAUUCUGACGCGCUCAUUGAUGAUGCGACCUUGUUGGCUGUCUUACUGAGCGAACGCGAUGUCGCUGCUCAAAUCCCAAUCAAUUUCGUGACCAAUCCAUCUGUGUCGUUAUCGGCGGCCUGCUUCGGAAAUGGCCUUUACGACAAGGAUGAUGCCGCGAAAUGCAUAUCCAACCUCCUAUCCGUCGGAUACCGAAGACUGAUCCUGGACAUAUAUUGGUCUGUUAGCCGGAGGACAUGGACUUUUUGUCCCGUCGAGGUUCCCGCUAAAGCUGAUGUGACUGUCUCGGCCUACACGUCAACGAUCUCAUCGUCUUCAGCUACGUCUACCGUUACCUCCGUCGAGACCGAUUUAGCCUCCUCAACAACGACAAGCGAUGCAGCAGAUGCCACGAUAACAGGCUACGUGGACUCCCACGGAGAUACUGUCUAUGAGAUUGGACCGUACAGAUGCACCAGUGGCCUUCAUCUGAGCUCGCUCGUUGACGUUCUUUCCGGAUUCUUCCAAGAUACAAAGUCCGACCUGGAGACAUACACAACCUGGUUAGUGGUGAAUCUCCAUGCAGCAGGCAGUAGCUCGACACCCACAGAGCCCGCAUCUGCAGUGACGGGAGAUGACCUACCCAAGACCGAUACGGAACGACCGGGUUCGUACCUCGGGCUCGAGCUUGAAGAUUACAUCUACACUCCUUCCCAGCUAGCCAAGGAUCGCAGUGAUCUUAACGCAUCUUGGUACGAAGUUGAAACAAGUUACAUGCCCAUCGUGGAAUACUACACCAUCAACAGAGAUGCAGAAGGUCGACAGAGUACUCCUGAUGGGUGGCCGUCUGCGAAAUACAUCCAGCUAGCUAAAUCAGAUCGAAUCAUGGUCGAGUAUGGAUCUGUCGAUCCCCAAUUAGCAGACUACGAUAUUGAUAAGGAUACCAAUCUCAUUUUCACACCGGAUUACAUGACAAAUGGCGUGAAAAUUUCCGUUGCAGGCAACGGUACCCUAACGUCAGGCUGUUUCUAUGAACCAGAGGCUACCGCAGUGUCACAAGCCAAUUCUUCAUGGGCAACCAGUCGCAUCCCAGUUCUAGGUGGAGUGUCCACAGAAAGUACCCUCGAUUACAUGGUAGAUGCUAUUGCUAGCAUGACAGCCUGCGGGAUGUCCCCAAUGCUUAACGAUACACUCUUCGGCGAAACUGCCGAUUCCAGUCUCGAAUACUACCGCAACGUAUCACUUUCAUCAGGCUGGGCAUGGGCGCUCGGUGAGCCUCACGGUGCAGGGACAGGUGGUGGUACAGAUGGAGAGCCAGCAUUUGACCGCUGUUCAAUUAUGAAUCUCUCACUAGAAGGCCGCUGGGGUGCUACCAAUUGCUCAGAAGUACGACGCGGUGCAUGCCGAGUAGGCAAUUCCCCAUUCAAGUGGAACUUGACGACUCAAUCGGCAAAUUAUUAUGAAAUUUCAGACUACUGCCCGCCAGGUUCUAGUCUUGCUGUGCCUCGAACUGGACUCGAAAAUCUUUAUUUGUACAAAUAUCUUCUCACUGAGGAUUCGUCGGUUCUGGAUCCCACAUCGAUGGACCCCGCAUAUCGUGAAGUCUACCUUGAUUUCAAUUCCAUUGAUAUUACCUCUUGUUGGGUUACUGGUGGACCGGAUGUGACUUGUCCGUACGCAUCUAAUCCGCAGCAGUUAGAGCGGAAGACAGUCCUUGUUUCCGUUGUUGCUGCGGUCGUGAUCUGUGUCAUAGCUGCGUUGACGACAUUCAUCAAAUGUAAUACUAAUCGUCGGAACUCUCGACGUCGCAAGCGUGUGAUUGAGGGCUGGGAGUACGAGGGCGUGCCCUCUUAA